AAAGAAGAAAAGGAGGAAGUAGUCACUUUGUGUUUCGAUUAAGUGAAAAUGCAACAAACCUCUAAAGCUCAGGUCGGACAGCGCGUGCUCCAGUCCAGGGAGCUGCAGAUCAUGGACCCUGUGGACCGACUGGAGAUCUUCAUCCCUGUGGAGGCGGAGGUGAAGAGUGUCUCUGUGGGGACUUUACCCAAGUCCGUGGUGAGACAGAUGGGCCUCCACCAGUCUGAGUCUGAGGCCUGCAGGAAGACCUCCGCCCCCCCAGAAGCCAUCUGGAUCUGUCCUGCUGUGGUCCGGAGGAAAGGCCACGUGGAGAACGUGUCCUCGCUGCUGGGACAGAAGGUCCCCGCUGUCCCGGGUCCCCUCCAGAUGUCUUUUGUCUCUGAGAACCUGACGGCCUACAAGGUCCUGAAGGACACCAUGCCUGGAAACAAAGUCUCAGCCCAAACAUCUCAGUCCUCCCUGGUUCCUCCAGGCUCUGCUCCACGCAAAUACAGAGAUACUGUUAUCAUCCACAACGGGCUGGUCUACCUCACCACCAGGACCACCAGGACCACCAGGACCGGACCCGGAGGGAGACAACCAGAGACCCAGUCCUCCCAGUCCUCCCAGUCCUCCGUCCAUAAACACCUCAAGAAGGCUUCUCUUCAACCUGCAGACAAAAGAGUUAAAAGGAAGAAUAUAAGAGAUAAUAAUAACUCCACUACAGACCACGAGGUAAAUAACAACAGGUCCAAACUAAAACCCAACACAUGCAGAGAGACAAACAGUGUUGCAGGAGUCCAGAAGACGCCUGAUGUCCUCCUGCAGACCUCUGGACACAGAGUUCUCCACCAGGAGGCUGAUGUUCUACAGGCUGCAGGAGGAGCAGCAGGCUCCCGGUUUCAUCUACAGGAGGAGCAGCAGCAGGAGCAGCAGCAGCAGGAGGAGAACAUGGAGGGUGGAGGGUGUGAUCUCCAGGUCCCUGGUGGUGGAGGAGAAGACCUCCUCCAGAUGAACAGUGGUGGAGCUGGUGUUGUAGAUGAGAUGUGGAGCAGCAGGGAGUCUCAGGGAGCAGCAGGAGUCUCCUCCUCUCUCCGGGGGGAGGUGGACUUCCAACAGCUGGCUCAGGAGGAGAAGAUCGCUCGCAUGAAGGCCAAACUCCGGAAGAGUGAAGCUGCCUGCAACCUGCACGCCUCCUAACCCCAGACUGGAUCCUGAGGAGGAGGAACGAGCUGGAGAUCCUCAGAUACUUUAUAGAUAAAUACAGAUAUUAACUCUCAACUCUCUGUUUAACCAGUAAUCAGAGUCCCAGUGGAACGGUUGUCACCAUAUUAAAAUAUUCAGCUCGAUAUCGAUACUCAGGAAAAUAUUGGAUACUCGAUACCAUUUUCGAUUCCACAAGGAUAAAAACAAAGACCCCAAAAUUUAACAGAAAUAUUUUUAUUAACAAGAAAAAUGCAACAUGUAAAAAUGAACAGAACCACAGGUUAAAUAUUUAUAAUAAAAAACAGUUGUGCAAAAAGAAACUGCAACUAUGAUAACAAGCUUCAGGUCUGAGGUAGUGCAGAAAAUACAUAAAUACAAUAAACAAUAACAAUU